CCUAUCUCCUCAUAGGUACAGGGAGGGCAGGAACCAGGGCAGGGCAUAAAAGGCAGGGCAGGGAACUGCUGCUGCUUAUACUUGCUUUUGACACAACUGUGUUCACUAGCAACCACAGACAUCAUGGUGCACCUGACUCCUGAUGAGAAGAAUGCCGUUUGUGCCCUGUGGGGCAAGGUGAAUGUGGAAGAAGUUGGUGGUGAGGCCCUGGGCAGGCUGCUGGUUGUCUACCCAUGGACCCAGAGGUUCUUUGACUCCUUUGGGGACCUGUCCUCUCCUUCUGCUGUUAUGGGCAACCCUAAAGUGAAGGCCCACGGCAAGAAGGUGCUGAGUGCCUUUAGCGAGGGCCUGAAUCACCUGGACAACCUCAAGGGCACCUUUGCUAAGCUGAGUGAGCUGCAUUGUGACAAGCUGCACGUGGACCCUGAGAACUUCAGGCUCCUGGGCAACGUGCUGGUGGUUGUGCUGGCUCACCACUUUGGCAAGGAUUUCACCCCACAGGUGCAGGCUGCCUAUCAGAAGGUGGUGGCUGGUGUGGCUACUGCCCUGGCUCACAAAUACCACUGAGCUCCUUUCCUGCUACUGAGUUCCUAUUAAAGACCCAGUGUUCCCAGAACCUACCUACAAAACACAGAGAAAUUAUGAAGGGCCUUGACCAUCUGGCCUCUGCCUAAUAAAGAAGAAUUAUUUUCAUUGCA